AUGAAAUCUGAAUUGGAUGCGAGUAUUGACAAUGUUCCAAAUGAUUCCUUUCCUGAUGAUUACAAACUUGAUCUUACUGUUGCAAAAAAAUUGUCAAAAGAAAUCCCAGCCCCAUCAAAAGCGGAAAUGGACCAGCUCUUCGCUAAACUGAGCAAAAGCAAGAAUAAGCCCAUCGCUCUCAGUCUUAUUCCAGAAUAUGCUGGAAGUUACGUUUGCAAGAGUCGCACAGUGCCAACAACGAAAGAUCUUUUCGAAAACAAGUAUCUUGACCUUACUUAUCCUGAUCUACUGAAGGUUUGUCAGGAGAUUGAUAUCAAGAUAACGACGGAGCAGAUCACUCAAGUUGAAAGGGAUACCAUUACUCAAGCAAAGGGACCAAUUUUUUCAAAAAUAGGGCUGGGAGAAUUGGUGCUUCCCAGUGCAAGGCUGCAUGUAACUCUGACCCUGCCUUACCCUCUCAAACCUUAAUUCAGUCUAUUUGCUACCCAGAGUUAAAUAAAACAAACACUAAAGCUGUCCUCCAUGGGUGUAAACAUGAAGAGCUGGCCAUCAGAGCCUACGAGUUACACACUAACUUUAAAAUAAUUAGAUGUGGGUUUUUCAUUAAUGAGGAGUAUCCGUGGCUGCAUGCCACACCUGACUUUUUAUGCAGUUGUGAUUGUUGUGGGGAAGGCUGUGGUGAGGUCAAGUGCCCUUUCUGUAUUGAAAACUGUGACUUCGAUGAUUAUGUGAGGAAGAGCUCUUCGUGUCUGAAAAAAGAUAGUUCUGGAAAUUUCAAUCUAAAAACCUAACACCAGUACUACUUCCAAACACAACAGCAGAUUUUUACAUCAAAGAAACAGUACUGUGAUUUUGUUGUUUGUACUUUUAAUGAUAUUAAGGAAGCAAAGCUAGUUGUGCAGAGAAUUGGUCCAGACAUUGAGCAUUGGAAGGCUAUCUUACCAAAAGUGACUAACUUUUGGAAAACAUGUGUGUUACCACAAGUACUCAGUAGGUGGUAUACUCGGAAGCACAGUACCCCCAAAGUUGCCCAUCCACGAAACAACGAUGUAUGCUUUUGCAGAACUGCAACAGAUGAAGACACUGUCAUCUGCUGCAACCCAGAAUAUCCCGUCGGAAGUUUUCACCUUUCCUGUUUACAAAUUGACAUGGUAUUGUCCGAACUGUAGAACUUUACCAAAAUUCAGGCAAAAAGGAAAAUCUGCUCAAUCUGCUAGGAAAUCAAGCACACCUUCCCCUGCCUUGGCCAUGCAUGCCAUUUGCAUAUGUAAAAGCAAGCCUAAUGCAAGUGACAAGCUUGUGGAAGGUCACAGUUCUGAUUGCAAGUACGGUAAAUAUUUUCAUUUGUCAUGUAUCGGCUUAAGACGAAUGCCAAAUAACGGUAAAACAACCUGGAUCUGUGCCAGUUGUAAAGGCAAGAAACAACAGUAGACUAGUUCAAGUCGACUGAGUUCUGCAGAUGAUAUCACAUUUGUAAAAGUGGUAAAAAACACUAACAUUGCAAUUGAAAAACAUAAACGCAUCGCUAAUCUAACUCAAGCAGAAUGGGAUAUCAUUACUUCACCGACUGGAUGGCUAGACUGUACCAUUGUCCAAGAAGCCAGUGUUCUUUUGGCAAAAGUAAAUCCCCCUAUAACUGGCUUUCAAAGACCAACCCUUGGCCCUAUAAGGCAGUUUGAUAUCAUGAUCACAGAGUUUGUCCAACUUGUCCAUGUAAAUAACAAUCACUGGGUUUGUUUUAGUUCUAUUGGGUGUGUCCCUGGACAUGUCAAUUUAUUGAACAGUUUAGCACAAUCUGUUAUUUCUAGGGAAAUUAGAGAGCUGGCAAUGA